UUGGUGACGUAGGAGAUUCCACGGUGCCCACUGCCGUAGGCAAUAACGGGAUGCUUGAGUAUAUAUGGGACACUGGUUGCCAUCAACCGGUACACUCUCAGUCGCUCCGACUCGGGAACCAGAGCAUCAGCGGAGAUAAGGCUUUACUUCAGCUUCUCAGGCUAACUCGCUUUGGGCUUUGGUUCAGGAUGGAAACCUCUUCGAUCUCUCGGAGCCGACGAUGCUCCAUCAUGCGCAACUGCAAAAGCGGUCUCUCCCUCUGGCUGGUGGUGUGGCUGGUCCUCGGUAAGCCAAGUCCGGCAUCGGCGUGCCCGCACUUGUGCGUGUGCUACCCGACUCCUAUGACUGUGAGCUGCCAGGCGCAGAACUUCACCGCCGUCCCCGUCGGAGUGCCCUAUGACUCGCAGCGCGUGUUCCUCCAGAACAACCGGAUAAUGGAGCUUAGAGUUGGCUCUUUUGGCUUCGGGACUCAGGUUCUGUGGCUGUUCUCCAACAACAUCACGUGGAUUGAGGCUGGGGCCUUUAGUGAGCUGAGGGACUUGGAGGAGUUGGACCUGGGGGACAACCCUAACCUCCACAGGCUGGAGGGGGGAGCCUUCCGUGGCCUAGAGAAGCUCCAGAGCCUCCACAUGCACCGCUGCCGGCUCACUGCCCUGCCCCAUGACAUCUUCCACAAGCUUUACAGCCUUCAGUUCCUCUACUUACAGGAAAACAAUAUCCACUUCCUGCAGGAUGACAUCUUUUCUGACCUCAUUAACUUGAGCCAGCUUUUCCUGCAUGGCAACCGUAUCCGCACCCUCUCAGAGAAUGUGUUCCGUGGCCUGGUCAACCUCGACCGUCUGCUCCUCCACGACAACCGCGUCAGACAGGUGAACCGCCGCGCCUUUCGUGACCUCGGCCGCCUGACCAUGCUCUUCCUCUUCAACAACUCUCUGGCUGAGCUGCCCAGCCAGACCCUGCGUGACACCCAGGGCAUCGAGUUCCUCCGGCUCAACGCCAACCCCUGGUCCUGCGGCUGUGAGUCCCGCGCUCUGUGGGAGUGGUUCCGUGAGGCCCGUGUUUCUUCAUCUGAGGUGAUCUGCGCUUCCCCAUCCACCCGCCGCGGCCAGGACCUUCGCUUCCUUCGUGAGAUGGACUUCGCCCUGUGCCCCCUGCCCGAUCCCGGUUCCAUUGGCGGCUCCACCACCACCACCUUCAGCACCAAAACCCGCUGGUGGUUUCACAAGAACAAGCCCCAGUCAUCCACCAAAGGCAUCUUUGAGAAAUCUUCAGAAACCAUCAAGGCUGGUUUGUAUGGGAAAGGCCCAUCCACAACCACAUCAGUAGUCAAGUAUGAGCUGGGGGAGGAAGAACUGGCGCUGCCCAAACUUGACCCAGAAGAGUACUGGCAGAACUACGGCAACGAGGACUCAGGUGUCACCCUGCGAUGCUUCGAGCUUGAGUGCCCACCUGAUUUCGACCUGACUCCAUCUUCCUCCUCUCCCUCAUCCUCCUUGCCCUCUGUCCUCUCUCUACUGGCCCUCUUUGUAUUCACCUUCAACCUCCACCUGCUAUUCGGCUGAAUCUGACUCUUAGUACGACACCCCUUCCCUUCCAGCCUGUUUUAAAGGCUGUGAGGAUCCCUG